CCGACUCUGUUUCUCCGAAAUGGCUUCCCAGGACUCAUGUCCGUUGAUAAAGAAUAUUCUUCUUCUUGAUUCAGACGGAAAGCGUGUGGCGGUCAGGUAUUUUUCAGAGGACUGGCCAACUAACAGCUCAAAGAUUGCUUUUGAGAAGUUUGUGUUCAGUAAGACAGUUAAGACAAAUGCUCGAACAGAAGCUGAGAUCACAUUGCUCGACAACAAUGUCAUUAUUUACAAAUUUGUACAAGAUCUCCAUUUCUUUGUCACUGGCGGCGAUCAUGAAAAUGAGAUCAUUUUAGCUUCAGUUCUUCAGGGUUUCUUUGAUGCAGUCACGCUUCUCUUAAGGAACAAUGUUGACAAAAGAGAGGCGCUUGAAAACUUGGAUCUUAUUCUUUUAUGCCUUGAUGAGAUUGUGGAUGGAGGGAUGAUACUAGAAACAAAUGGACCGCUUAUUGCUGAAAAAGUGACCUCCCAUAGCAUGGAUGGCGAGUCCCCCCUGACUGAGCAGACACUAAGUCAAGCCUGGACUACAGCCAGAGAACAUUUGACAAGAACCCUUCUAAAAUGAUUUUGGCAUGCGCUGGAGUUUCUUUCCUAUUCAUUCUAGAGUUUUUUACUAUCUUGACAGUUAUCAUACUCAACACUUAUUUGUUUUUUCUUUAUUCUUGUUGUUACUUUGAAAACACUGAAGAGGUUUCAUUUAUCCUAAAUAAUCAUUCAACCAUAGAAAUAUACAUUAUAAAACUAAUAAAAU